AAACCUUUCAUAUUUCUUCAAGUCUUGAUUUCCACGUCUGACUCUGACACCACACUACUAUCUGUUCUAAGCAAAGGUCAGGAACACUCCCUCAGAAAACAUUUCACUAGUGACCAUUCAUGAACAAAUCAGCAGCAUGAUGAAACACACACACAGCUGGUGCCAGACACCCCCCUCAGUCACGGUGAGAAUCAAACCCAACACAGCACACACCCUCCAGAUCAAGAGAGGCCUGAGGCUGAAGAGACCCAACCUGCAAGUGGCCCAGGGGCCUCCAGGCAAGAGUCAACCCAGCCAAAGUCAUGUCGAGGCCGCAAAGGGCAAAAUCAUAUGGGGCCCGACACUUGUCAUUCAACGAGAAGAGAUGGCAGCCUUCUUCAGACUUUUUGAUGAUGAUUUGAUACAAGACUUUCUGUGGAUGGACUGCUGUUGCAAAGUCACAGACAAGUACCUUCUAGCCAUGGCGUUUGUCUACUUCAAGAGGGCUCGCUUCACUAUUGGCGAGCACAACAGAACAAACUUUUUCAUUGCACUAUACCUAGCCAACACCAUGGAGGAGGACGAGGAGGAGAGCAAGUACGAGAUCUUCCCAUGGGCGCUUGGCAAGACCUGGAGGAAGCACUUCCCUCGCUUUCUCAAGCAGCGGGACAAGCUGUGGGCUCGCAUCGAGUACCGGGCUGCCGUCAGCCGCCGCUGCUGCGAGGAGGUGAUGGCCAUCGUGCCUACCCACUUUAUCUGGCAGCGGGAGCGCGCCGAGCACCACAGCGGCGCUCAGCGGUUCUACAUUGGCGACCGGGAGAAGGUCCACAUGCCCCGUGGGCCCUCCGCCUCCCCCGCCCCCUGUGCCCUCUGCGCCAAGAGCUCCGGCCUGGGCCUCUCUUCCUCCUCGGCCUCUGGAUCCUCAACCUCCCUUACCCCCUCUUCGUCCUCCCCGCUACCCUUUGCCCUGGCCCUCUCCCUGGAGACUACUCCACCCAGGUCCCAGGUUUCAUCCUCCCGCAGACCGGGCCAAAGAAAGACCAAGGCCCAGCGCCCCUGCUGCUGCACAGAGGAGGCCCCAAGGAACGAGUCUUAUUGUGGAGCAGGACACGACCCGUCUAUGGACUGGAUCAACGAGGAGUAG